AUGACGGCACGAGAGAGACCAGACUCUCACUCUGACAGCGGGAAGAGUCCUUCAGGGGAACCAGACCCAGAGACGCCCAAACCAGUGAGACAACACCACUGCUCCCACUGUGAAAAGAGUUUUUGCUGGUCAGGGAACCUAAAACUGCAUGAGAGGACACACACAGGAGAAAAACCUUACCAGUGUUCCCAGUGUGGAAAGAGUUUUGCCGUGUUAACUAACCUGAAAAGGCAUGAGAGAAUACACACAGGAGAAAAGCCUUAUCACUGUUCCCACUGUGGAAUUAGUUUUAUUCAGUUAGGGCACCUAAAAGCUCUCGAGAGGACACACACAGGAGAAAAGCCUUUCCAAUGUUCCCAGUGUGGAAAGAGUUUUACUAAGAAAGGGCAAGUAAAAGAGCAUGAGAGAAUACACAAAGGAGAAAAGCCUUUCCAAUGUUCCCAUUGUGGAAAGAGUUUUACUCGGAUACGAAAUCUAAAAAAGCAUGCGAGACUACACACCGGAGAAAAGCCUUACCAAUGCUCUCAGUGUGGAAAGAGUUUUGCCGUGUUAACUAACCUGAAAAGGCAUGAGAGAAUACACACAGGAGAAAAGCCUUAUCACUGUUCCCAGUGUGGAAAGAGUUUUACUCAGAUAGGGUACCUAAAAGUUCAUGAGAGAAUACACACAGGACAAAAGCCUUUCCAAUGCUUCCAGUGUGGAAAGAGUUUUACCAUGUUAGCUAGCCUGAAAGGGCAUGAGAGAUUACACACAGGAGAAAAGCCUUUCCAAUGUUCCCAGUGUAAAAAGAGUUUUACCUGGUUAGGGAGCCUGAAGGAGCAUGAGAAGACACACUAAAAAAAGCCCUACCACUGCUCUUUCGCUCUGUGUGGAAGGACAUU